UGUAAAGUUGGAAAGCUCUCUAGGCGGACACGCGGGACUUGGCAACGCGGCAUUACUCAUACGUUGCGCGCUCGGUAUCAAGCUUCGUAUCAAGCAAGGACACACGUGGUGGCCGUCGACCACAAGCUGAAUAGGCGGAAACAGCUGGGAACACUACGGUUUUCACUCUGGACGCGCUCGCAGUGUUGCACUCUUUCGUCAAUUAGUGUUGGAAAGCUGUAUUAAACAGGAAAUAUUCGGAACUGUUUGUUACAUAGUUGUCGAAUUUUCGAUCGGUGACAUACUUUAUUGUGUUCUUGGCGAUUCUAGAGACUGAACAUAAUGCCAACCAAACCAAAAACCAAAUCCAAAAGUGCCAACAACUCCAAGGAGUGUCUGGAAAUAGAAGUCGGGAGUAUCCAUGAGGAAUUGGAGGUGCCUGUAGCAUCUGAGUUGGUGUUCAGGAAAAUAUGGAAGAUCAAGCAAUUUCUUCAUACCAUCAAAAAAAGGGACCUCUUGGAUAGCCCAACUUUUCGUUGUUCUGUAAAUGGUGUAACGACAUUCUGGAAUAUCGCUGUCCGUUUCUGGAAAGGUGCCAACGGCAAAAAAGGUAACCAACCCCUGGUGGUUUGCCUGAACCUGACCGGAUGCGAGACCGAGGAAACCGGUCAAGCGAGGGUCCGGUUCCAGUUCGGAGUUUGGGACGCCACCAUCAAACACUGGGAGUGUUGUCCCAUCUCCAGCGUGGUGCUCAACCUCCAGAACACCAAAGAACUCCUCUCUGUCGGUUACAAGAGCUUAGGCAUCUUGGACAGGCACAUCGAUAGCAAUAAGGACAUUAAGAUUAUGGUCAAGAUUCAGAUUAUUCAGAGCGACGAAGAGGUCCACAGUUUGUCGCAGGAUAUGGCGAGGCUGAUGACGUGCGAAGAAGAGAACAAAGAUACCGUGGUAGAGUGCUACUGCGAUUCGGAGAAUAAAGAGAAUAGACAGAAUCCGAUCAGGGUGCACAGUUGGAUAGUGAGGACUAGGAGCGAGAAGCUUGCCAAGAGAUUGGACGAAAGUAGCGAUGAAAAUAACAAAAAUAUGAAGUACACAUUAGCCUUACCUGAAUACUCUUACGGAGUUGUGUGUGAACUUAUCCGGUACAUCUACACUGACAAAGUUGACUGUGCGGACAAGUAUGCUGCCAAAUUAUUGCCAAUUAGUACAAUUUACACUUUACAAGGAUUGAAGGGUCUCUGUGAACGUCAUCUCAUUGAAAGUUUAACUCCAAGCAACGUGGCCAACAUCCUUUUACUGGCCGAUCAAUGCAGAUGUGAAAACCUUAGGAAAGCUGCAUUGCAUUACUGUGAAGACUCUGAACAAAUAAAGGGGAACGUUCACAUAGGUGGCAGAACAUUAGCUUGGAGAGUUAUGGAAAUGGUGAACCCAGACUUAUUUAUGGAAGCUUGCGAGAGUAUAGGAAGCUCGUCGAGUAAUUUAGACAGUACGGGAACACCCCGAGGCUCCUGGAGCGACUGAAUAAAAUUUAGACAAAUCCUGAAUUACGCUGACAAAAGUACAAAAUGGUUUUAUUAGUUGUAAUAUUAUUGUUUCUGAUGUAUUUUGCCUGACAGUUUUUAAGAUAGGACUUGAUAUUUAUUUAAGAUCAAUUACUUUUAAAAUUAAACGUUCUUUUUAAUGUGAUCUGAUUAGACAAGCUAUAUACUAAGAUGAUGUAUUAAUACUAGAAAUAAUAAUAUUUUGAUAUAUGUAAUUUUUAUACAUAAAAAAAAUUAGUGUAGUAUUUAUAUAAGUAAUUGUAUUUAAAAUUUAAACGCAUUUUUAUAUUUGUAGGUUUGUAUUUAUUUUCAUAUUCGUGUAUGUGUAUAUAUUAUACUAGUGAAUUCUAUUAAGUGAAACUAUAUUUAUAUUAAAUAUAUGUUUUAUUUAUU